GCAAAGGAGAGCUUUAAUAACGCAAAGAAGCGAAUUGCUAUCUUAACGCGACUUGUACAUGCACCUAUAGCCCUUCAUUGUCUUCUCGGUAUGUUUGCUUAAGUUAAGACUUGCGCAUAUGCGUGAAACCUAGACGAUUCUAGCGAAGGCAGUAGUGAUUAACGAAAGUUUGUAUGGUGGGCAUUCCGUUCCUUGGGCGGCGACGAGGCCGGGAAGGCCAAGCCCAAGACAGCCAUGCCAAAGAGCUAGACAAGUUGCAGAAGGAGGUCGAGCAGCUUCGCGCGGCAAAUGAGCAGCUUAAAGAACAGCUCGCCGCCCGCGCCGUCCACCUGGGCGAAUACCUCUUCAAAUGGCGGGCGGUGGCGCUGCCGCUGCUGGGCUCGGAGUGGGAGCUGCGCUACUGGGUGCUUCGGGGCAGCAGCCUGUCGUACUUCCGGAGCGCGCGGGACACGGGGUUCUCACCGCGGGAGGAGUUCAGCGUGCUGGGCUGCUACGUAGCCUGGGAGGGCCAACGUGGCGGCACCGGCCGCUACUGGGCGCUCUCGCUGUUGGACCGAGGCGGCAGUCUGCUGGUGCGGCUGGCGGCCCCCAGCAGGGAGGCGGGCGAGCGGUGGCUGGGCGCACUGCAGCAGGCGGGGGCGGAGCGGGAUGACGGGCGGGUGCCGCCGGGGGGAC